GCCCAACCCGGAAACACCACAUUACGCCCAGUCACGCUUACCUGCUACACUGAGCAAAGAGGCUUCCGCACUAGCCCCUCCCAAGGGCCAUGGUACAGGGCCUGAGAGCUAAUGGUCCUUAUCAUCAUCAUCGUCAUCGUCAUCGUCAUUUUUUUUUAUACGCCCUUCCGUGAAGAUCGUGGCGUAGACCAUUCUGACCAUUGCAGUAGGGUCCCCUUUGCGCACCUAGAAAGGUCAAUGCCAACAUACCCAGCCAGUGACCAAACCGUGCUUGUUGGCACGCCUGGGUUUGUUGCCGUUCCCUGCAGCAUGGGCAUGUGUGAUCUUCAAAGUUUCCUGAUGCAUGACGGUCUAUGACCAAGGCUGUAAAGUUAGCCCCAAAGCCUGCUAAGGACACAACGAUUAACGAUGUGUGAGGAAGGUGCAGAAAUGUCCUUGAUAAUCUUUCAAGAGCUGCAAGUCCCCAGAGUCGAAGAUGUCCAGUAGACGCCGGCGUGCUGUGCCAAGUGCUGCAGGAGUAGCCUUGGUCGUUUGAUAGGCUGGACAGCUGAGUGUGGAGAUGCGAUGCGCAAUGAUUUUUCACGUGAUGAAGAAGGAACCACGAUGUCUACAUGUGGGUCGGCCACCCUUGGCGUCUUGGCGUUUGUAGAUGUGCUCAUUGUGGGAUCCUUGGGAAUUGCUUCGCCGCGUGCAUGAAGUUCAUGUCGACAAAAAGUAUAUUGAUGAUAAACGCUGCCCGCAAAUGGUGCAGUCCAAUCCUGCCUCAGCCUCAGCCAAAGGAAGUGGGCCCAGUGUGUUCUCUUCAUAGGUCCUCAGACAGCCAAUGCUUGACUGUUUGCAACUAAAGUCUCAAUGUGCACAAGUCCAUAUGAAUGAGUAUGUCAUCAGAGCGACGGCCCUGUUGCUGCUCCUCAACGAGUUACAGCAUGGCCACCACCCUGUGGCACACAGUCUGGCGAGGAUGUUCCCACUGAGUUGUACGCGAAAGGUGCUUAGUGCAUGUGCGUUGGAUGAUUGAUGAGAUUGGAGUGGGUGAUUUGCCGCCACCAUUCGGAGCUGAAGAAGGUCUAAGGGAUUGACUCGAGGUCAAAAAACGGUUGUCAUUCAGUUCAGCUUCUCAAGAUCUGGUUUUUGAGGACCCAAAGCAUGGAGUCGUUGUUGACGAGUAUGAAGCCAUUGUUGCCAAUGUGUAUGUUCCACUCCUCAUCAUGUUGCAAAAGUGCGGUCGUUCUUUGGUGUUUGGUCACUCCAGCUUGCGGCGUAUGUACUUCUAGAAAUACACAGUUCGCGCCGUGACUUGAGGCCAGUGUCAGGUAGGUUGAUUGAAGGUAUACUCUCCAAAACCAGGUUGUGAAUGGUUGUGAGUUUCAUUCGCCUCAGGCUUCGAAAUUAUGGACGAUCAUAUGGUGACCGGCGUGACAAAGCAAGGCGGCCUGAGGAUGGUGAAAUUUAUCGGUCUCAACGCGCGCAAAGUGACAUGGUGUAUUGUUUCCGAUAUGAGCCAUCUGGCGAUCCAGUGCCAAAGGCUACCAUCCGCUACCCACCUUCGAAAGAUCAGCUGAUGGAUGCCAAAGAAGGUCGAUUACGGAGAAUGUCAAGCAAUGAUCGAGAACGCCGAGUGCAGGCCGGCUGUAGGCCUUCCAGGUGGCGUAGUUUGCAUGCAAGGCAGUGACGGGUAAACUUCAUAUAUUGUAGAGUCAAGACUGGCUGGCAGGAGAUAUAUGAGAUUUUCUUGACUUACGUGCAAGGGGUCCACGUUGGCUAAUGCAUGCCUUCAGCGGGCCUUUGCAUAAUGAGCCACAAAUCUGUAGUGAUACAUAGCAAGGCUGGAUAGCUUUGAUAUCGCAGCUGGCCAGAUGUCAAGGGCAA